AUGGAGAAUUUCCAGUACAGCAUCCAGCUGAAUGACAGGGACUGGACAGAGUUUUACUCGGCUUCUGAAGAAUGCAGCUUAAUCCCGGCUGCCCUGGCCACGGCAGACGAGCUGGGCUUCAGUGACCUUGAGCCAGGGGACAGCGAGGCUGGCAGCCCCUGCCCAGCCAGGCUGAUCACAGAGAGGGCAGGCAGCACGCCAGCUUCUGGCCCAGGACACCUCCCUCCACAUGGGGUCCCCGGAGAGACCUCCCCGCCCCAGCCUAUGCCUGGGCACCUGGCCCCGGAUGAGGGUCUUUCGGGCAGUGAGGACGAAAUGGAUCUGGGCUCAGGCAGUAGGUUUCUGUGUGACAGCAACAAGCCCGGAUCCCCCCAGCAGACUCCACUGAUGCCCAGCGGCCAGGACAGGCAGGUGCCUUGUUUCUCAGGGGCCAGCUCUGCCAACCCAGCUAGCCAUGCCACAGAGAAGCCUCUCCAGGCCCAGGACAGCUCCCGCAAGGAAGUGGGCCAGGCCACAGAACGUGCAGUGGCCUCCCCGUUAGCCGUACAGGCAGGAACGGGUCUGGCCGUAGUUCCCCAUGGUUACCUGCCAGAAGGAGCUCCACAGAAAGGGGAAUUACCAGGGGAGCAUCUACAAGGCAGUCCAGAGAAGACAGAGUCUGAAAGGCCAGUUCAUGCAGUGGAUAUGAGGUCCCCAGCGCUGGCUGCUUCAGGGGGGAUGGAGAGGCCAGUGGGGGAAAAGGCAAACUGGUCUCUCUGCUUAGAGCCUGGGUUGCCAGACCCAAACAGUGCCAUUUCCCAGAGUCCAUCUGCAGAGCCCCUGCAGCCAACAUGUUGCAGAAUACCAGGGGAGAGCCGGCCUGGUUGGAAGAAUCCAGGGGAGCAUCUGGGUCUAGGUCAAGCCUUGACUGCUCCGGGCUCCCCUGACGACUCUCCAGAUGUCAUGCAGCCCAGAAGGCCUGUGCACCGGGGAGAGAGCCAUGAGCACCAGGGAACGCCCACAGCCACGGGGACACCGACGCACGGGGCUGUGGCACUGGAACACUCGACUCCAGCGAUGGGGUUUUUAACCCCGUCUGCUCUACUGCGAGAGAGCAAAGGGGAGGGAAGAGUGGCUAAACCAGCUCUUGGGGGACUGGAGGGUGAGGAUGAAGCUCAUGCCACCUGCAGCAUGCUGGGGGAUGAGGGGCGAGGGUUGGCACUGGGGGGUCAGGCCGUCAGCGCUCCCAGGAGCAAGGGGGUGAAAGGCCCUGCAGUGCAGCCCUUCCCAGGGGAAGUGAAGACCAGUCAUUCAAGGCCAAAGCAAGCAACUGAUUUAGGGACCCAUGAGAACAUAUCAUUGAAUCAGAGCAGCAAACCCACUCCAUCACAGAGAGAGGAGUGCAAGAGCACCACUGGGAAACCCCUGCGUUUUGGAAGCACGAUGAUAUUUGGAGGGGAUGCUGAAGAUGGAGCCCAGAGAAGGCAGAGAUCUGGGCUCCUAGGAGGGAUGUUUCCUCAUCAUUCAGCAGCAGAGGACUCUCAGGAGGGGGCCAGACCCACCCUGACCUCGCUGGAGAUGUGUGACUGUUUUUUCUGUGACGCCCAAGAGCAGGAGGGGGAAAUGAAAACCCUGGGUGGGGAGGAGAAAACACCCAUGUCUCCCUGCAAGCAGGAGCAGGAGGUGCCUGAAAUGUACGGGCCUGAGAUGUACGAAUAUUUCUUUAACGAACCUGAAGGAAGUGGAGAAGGAGGCCACAAAGACACCUUUGUGGAGCCAGACAGGAUCAGCUACUUGGAGCAAACUUCAUCACCAGGCGAAAGCCAAGAGGACCCGGAGUUAAGCCCAGCCGGAGAGCCCGGCAGUGUUAUCUCCAUCCCCGAGGUUUAUGAACAUUUCUUUAUGGAUGGAGUAAGAGGCAGGAGGAGCUGGAGGGGGAUCUUCCUGAGCAUGCCGGCCUUGGAGGCAAGAAAAGCCAUGGUGGCUUUGAAAUCCCUCCUGCAAAAGCCAAUGCGCCUGGUCACACGCAAUCCCCAUGACCGCGGGCUCCCGGUACCACAAGGUUCCAUAAAGAGGCUCCCCCUUCUCCAGCUGACACCUCACAGGAGAAUCCAGCUGGAGCCAGAGGAUUUAGGAAUGGCCCCUGCACGAGCAGAAAGGCCCCACCUUCCCCUAGCUCUCACGCAGGAGGACAUGUGCUUGGUCUUUGUUGCCUUUGCAUCCUGGGCCGUGAAGACGUCAGAUCUGCAGGCUCCGGAUGCAUGGAAGACUGUGUUACUGGCAAACGUCGGCACCCUCUCUGCCAUCCGGUACUUCAGACGGCAGGCUAUAGAAGGACGACACGGAACCUAAACACUCCCACAUAGCCCAGCCAGAGACACGUCCCAUGGGCCUGCGAGGAAGAGUCCAAGAGACGACACUCACUGCACCUUGCCCUUUGGCAAUAAAAUGACUGUUUGCCAAUGGGUCCUGUGGUUCUGGAAUCCAGGCUGCAGAGUCCUGGCAAGGAGCAGGGUGCAAGGAAGCAGCACUUUUGCAAUGAAAUCUGACGUGUAAUCUGUUUGUUAUAGGCGUUAUUUGCAUUUUGUUGCACGGGGUAGAAUUAGGGCCAGUGCAUGCUGGUUCGAUUCUGCUCUCUGCCUCGGUCAACAUAGCGACGGCAAUCAGGAGGUGAAAAAUCCACAUGCCUGACGGAUGUAGCUAUGCCAACCUAGCCCCAGUGUAGCAACAGCUUAACAGAAGAAUGCUUCAGUCAACAUAGCUGCCAUCAUUCGGGGAAGUAGAGUUCUGUCAGUGUAGGCUGUCUACACUAUAGGGUU